GAAUCAUUGAACUUGUGAUUAGUGUAGAUCUCUUACUUUUUAGUUUUAAAUUUUUGAAAAGUAAUUGAAACUCUAGCACAAAAGAUGAUUUGUGUGGGGGUUGAAAAUCUAGAUUUAAAGACUAACGAGUAGUAAUAUAAAUUCGGCAGUUUAUUAAUCCAUCAAACAGUUUAGCAGCCCAGUGAUUCAUAUGCUUUUGUUUACUUGUUUUUUUUAAAAACCCUUUUCGUUGCUUUUGUUGCGUAAACAAAACCCCUCCCCUGUUUCUUUCUAUUAUGCUCUGUUCCUUUAUUUUACUGAGUCAUACUUGCCGAGUCAGCCGAGUCUAGUACCGAGUCGUUGCUUGGCUGGGUUGAAUUCUAGUCCCCUGUUUCCGAGUCAAUUUGCUGAGUUUUGUUCUUUGUUUCUGAUGAUGAGUCUUGCUUCGUUUUUAAUUGUCGAGUUUGUUUUGUUUCUUAAUGUCGAGUCUGGUUUUAUACUGAGUUGCUGGGUUUGUUUUUGGUGUUCGUCGUUUUUGUUAAGUUGUGUUUUCUUGAGUCAAAUUCUUGUUUAAGUUUUGAACUGAGUAGCUUAGUUUGUGAUCUGUUUUGUUGCUCUGUUCUGUCCGAGUUGCGUUUCUGAUGUACUGAGUCGCGAUUGAGUCAGUCCCGAGUCGCCUUCGAGUCCUGCAGUUUUGCUUGUUUCCGAGUCCACUGUAGUCGCGAGUUGGGUCCGUUGUUGCUACUGAGUUUAUAUAAUCGUUGCUUAAUUUUAAUCUGAGUUUUGCCCGAGUCAGUUGCUGCGUUUCUGAGUCCAGUAAAUCGAGUCUUGUUGUUUCGUUUUAGAAGUUUGAGUUUGUUUUAUUCAGCUGAGUUUUGUUCGAGUCCUGGCUUGAGUCCUAAUUGCUGCGAGAUUUUAUUUUCUGUUUGUGUUUCAGCUCCUGUUUGAACUGGCACUAUGUUUCCGGUUUCGAGUCACGCUCGUAGUCACAAUCUAGUCUUGUUGUUUAGUUUUGAUUUGAAUUUGGUGUUAUUUGGCUGCUCUGUUUUCUUCGAAUCGAUAGUGUAGUGCCGAGUUUAGUCCUGUCACCGCUGGUGUUUGUUUUCCGAGUUCUGCUUUAAAACUGAGUCUGAGUCGUUUGUUUUAGUUAGAGUCUGGGUUCACCGAGUCUGUUUUGUGUUGUUUUGGCCGAGUAGUCAUCCUUUAUUUUUUUGUAUUUUUUUGUGGCUGCAUUUGUUGAUUUCAUGUUUUGGUUCUCACGUGAGUUUCGUUAAUGAUUGAUAAAGGUUGUGGAUUUUAUAUUGGAUAAAGUUGCAAAAUGACGUCAUGCCAAAUUUAUAUUAACUCAUUUUGUCUUCUAGUCCUUGAAGUUGUAAGUUUAAGUUUAGUUUAUCAAUUUCUAGUUUAAUUUGUUUUUUUUUAAAUUAGUACUCAAGAUAUCCUACUUGUUAAUUAGUUAAAUCGUAAUUUCCCCAAACUUUCAAAAUUAGUUCUAAUUCGCCUAGAUUUUAAGUAAGGUAAUGCGAAAAUAAUUUUAAUCUCUGUGGACGAAUCUUAAAUAUUAAAACGGUGAUCGUGCGCUUGCGAUUAUUUUUCUCUUUUCGAGCACAUCAAGUUUUUGGCGCCGCUGCCGGGGAUUAAAAUUAAUUUUUCGCACCUUUAUUUUUAAUCUUUCGGAUUAGCUUGUUUUCUCACUAUUUUUUGUUCUUUAUUUCGAGGAGGAAUAUUCGGGAAUUAUGGAGUAAAGUGGACAAAUUUUGCUCGGAUUUGGAAGCUUGCUUUGGUCACGAGUUGAGGUGAUGAAGUGAUUUUCUAUCAUUUUAGGUUGUUUUUGGUGCAUUAUUUGCAAGAAUAGAGAAUUGUGGAUUCCUCACGACUUGGGAUUUUGUGGGUACAUCUUCUACAAACCCUCACGAGAACACACUCGUCCACUAGAGCUAUCUAGGGGUUUAAAGGGCUUGUUGCAUAUGCUAAAUGCAACCGUGAUCACCUACGGAAGUGGUACUAGAAGCGAGGAAGGACACGCACACGAGAACGAGCAAAAAACGAAGAAACAGGGCUGCCAUCACAGACAGUAGCGCGCCCGCGCUACUUGUUAGCGCGCCCGCGCUACUAACUGCUGUGACUAGCGCGCCUGCGCUAGUUUAGCGCGGCCGCGCCCAGCAGAAGUGUUCCGGGCCGAUUUUUACAACUAUUUUGAUGGAUUUUCGCAGCGGUCGAGGCCCGUUUGACUUGGUCAAUGUAUUUUAAUUUCUCGUGUGUAAAACCCUAGUCUCAUAGAAGUAGUUGGUAGUAGAGAACAAUAUCAUAGUUUUCAGAUUAUUCAUUCAAGCACAUUAUCGGUUUUGUAUUGGAUCGUUCUUCGCGAGGAAGUGACAGUUUCGAGCGAGAUCGUGAACAUCAAAUCUGUAACGUGUGAUCCUUAUUAUUAUUAAUUCAAGCAUUUUUAUUCCAUUCAAUUCUUGUCUUUUAUUUAUAAUGUUUUCACUAGAACCCAUGAUGUCGAUUAGUUCGAUUAUGAACUAACCGCCUUCAUGGGAUUCUAAUGGAUUUAUCGAUGUAAUCUAGUAUCGAAUAUUAAUUACUUGAUUUUGUGACGUACGUUGAUUUCUUUGCAUGAGCCGUGCUUAUUCUUCUUAGAAGCGUAGCUAACUUCUAAGUUGUUUGUUAAUUCUUUCUGAAGCGAGAGUGGAUGAUUGAAUUUAGAACUUUGCCAUGUAAACAUAGGAUUAUGUGAAUGAAACAUAAUUUGUGGUAGACUUGAACUAUUUUUAUCACCCUGUGUAAUCACGAUAGACGACUUGCUUUUAAACCUUUCUGCUUACACUACCGCUAUAGAGAUAUAGGGUCUGAGCUUUGUUGGUGUCCAUGAGAUUUCUGUCUUAAUUGCGGAUUUUGAUUGGUAUGAUAUGUGUGCAACGAGAGUUGGCAUGUAUUACUUUCGUGUUGUCUGAUUAGGAUCAACAGUCGCAGGUUAAUCAGUAAUUUCAAUUCUAGAUGAAUUCGAUAAUGAAGUUAGAAUCCCAUGUGUUAUCCUAUUCUGAAUUUGAUUAGUAAUUUUAGUUAUUAGUAUAAAAGAAACCAUCCUUGUUAAUUGUCUUGGCAGUGAAAAUUGAUCAUACAUUGUUGCAUAGGUGCGUAUUCUUAAUUCACCAGUCUCUGUGGGAACGAACAAAUAUAUUACUUGUGAUCACGUGCGCUUGCGUGUAGAUUUCACCGAACAAGUUUUUGGCACCGCUGCCGGGGACUCGGUGUUAAUUAAUUAGUUUACGUACUUGUCAUCAGUGUGCAUUAAAAUUCACUGACUCGGAUUCUUUUCUCACUUUUCUUAGUUGUUGUUGUAUCUAUUGUUUUUGUUUAGUUAUUUAUAAUGUUUCCUUUGCCUCCUUGGGACUUCAGUUCCAAGUGAGCUUUUACUGCGUUCUUGGCUGUGUUUGUGUUGUUACAGGGUUACAAUGGAAGAAGUCGAUACCUUUGCACUUCUAUCUUCCAUAGUUGAGGCAUAUUCGUCGAAAGCUACAGAGCCGACCUUGUAUCCGAUGAGUGUCGAUGAGAUGUCACAAGUUGCCCCUACAACAUACAGCUUCUGUCAAGUUUGUGGUGUUCAGGGUCACUAUAGUUAUGAAUGCUCUUAUAACCACUUCAACUCUCAGAAUACUCAGUCGGGACAUGGAUAUAAUUAUCAAGAAGGAUAUGAGUACAAUCAGUAUUCUAAUUCUUGUGAUCAAGAAUGGAUGGAUCAACCAGAUUUCUCUUACAUGGACAACAAUUUUGGUGAUCUCCCAUAUCAUGGUCAACAUCAAUUUCAAGAACAACAAUUUCAGCAACAAUGUUAUGAAGAACCUCCAAUGCAACAAUAUGAUCAGUUUGAGCAACAGUAUUAUCAGCCUCAAUAUGAGCAACCACAAUCUCAACAGUAUCAAUAUCCUCAAGUACAAGAGCUACAGGUUCCUCAACCCACUGUAGAAGUGCUUUCUGAUCAAACAAAUGAGGUAUAUGAUAUGUUGGUAAACAUAAACAAGACGCUUAAGGAACUCAAAGCUACACAACUGAUGAUGGAGGCUCGACUUGAGCGGUUAGCUAGUUCUUUUACUGUCGAACAACCCGAUUCUUCUCCACUUAUAGCCACCCAAGUUGAAGAUGACAUAAAUGCUACCAUUCUUACAAAUGAUGGAGAUUGUGAUAGUUUUUCGACCUGGGAUGAUGAUGUGCCUAUUAAUAAAGAGGAAGAUCGUGUCGCUGACGGCAAAAUCGAUGAAGUUGUUGUUAUGGACCGUGUGGGCGAUGAUGAGGUGCGUGAAAAAAGCAAUAUCGAGUUGAUCGUAGUUUCUCCUACACCAGGUGUGCUUGAAUUACAUUUCCUGAAGGGGAUUAGCUCAAUCAAGGUUGCUCCAUGUUCUGAUAUUGAAAAUUUGGCUUUCAAUCCAACCUCUACCCCUAUACUUGAGAGUACAUGUUUUAAAGCUGACAUGAUGAUUGUCCAAGAUGAUCUUACACAAAAUCUGGUGGGUUAUCCAGUCCAAAAGGCUCUUACACUUCAACUCUUGGAAAAAGAGGAUAGCAAUUUCAUCUCUUUAUUCAGUGACAUGAAAGGCCAAGAAGUUCUUAUGACUCCUGUGAAAGUGAAGAGUUCUGAAAAACCACCACCCGAGCCUCCACCUUGUGUGAAAGUCGAAGGAGUUCGGUCCUUUAAUGGAUGUGAAUUUUUUCGUUGUUUUAUCACAAAGUUCUCUGAAAGUAUAAAUGUCGAUCAAUGGUUACUUCUUGAAGUGACAAUUAAGUUUACUAACGUUUGUUUGGAGACUUUCUACAGGACAAAGACAAUAUUUGAUGCUCUUGAUUUUAUUUGUGGUGGCGAGAUUUUGUUUGAGAAAGUGGAUACCCCAUUUCUUAAACCUAAGCAAUAUCCUCCACCGGAUUCACCUCCGGCAGAGGAGGGGGAGGACUCCGAUUAGGUACGUGUUCGCUCUAGCCUUUUUAUCACUUUCAAUGGGGACAUUGAAAAAAUUAAGUUUGGGGGUGGUAAUCUAAGGAAUAGCAUAUUAUAAUGUAGUUUAUUAUUGCAUGUGUUAGUUAGUUCAUGUAGUUCACGUUUAUUUUAUUUUGCUUUGAUUAUUUCUCACGUUUUUUUUAUUUUCUCACGUUUUCUUUCUAGUUUUUUCUUUUUUUUAUUUUACAUGUUUAGUGGUAAUUGUCGUAGUUAGUAUCACGAGCAUUUGCAUGAAUUAUGAAGUUAAGCCAAGUUAAUUGCCUAUGAUGAGUUAUGUGCGUAGUUCUUGAUUAGUAGUUUCAAUUGCAAUGCUAGGUUAGUACUUGAAAAUUGCUUGUGUUGGAAAUUGUAAUUCACAUAUAUUCUUGAGAUAGGAUUUAGACGAAAUUCCAUGAAUUCUAGGAUUGAAUUGAGCACCCUUCAGCUUAGGUCUGUAAAUCUUAAGUUUGGGGGAACUGAGGGGUAGAUAUGCCUUUCUAAAAAAAAAAAAACAAAUAGUAGUAAAUAAAUUCAUUAGAAAAAUAAGUGGUAUAAUUAACUAGGAUGAGCUCAUUAGUACUCGAGUAAUUAAGUCUGAGGGGACUUUGUGCCUAACAACCUAAAGCCCUUCGUGGUUUGGGAUUGUUGACCCAACGCUCGCUACAUGGGUACUAGUGCAAAAAUCUUUAGGGAUCUCAACCAUUGCACGGUUAAAUAAACCACUAGAAUAAAGUGAAUAAUUGGUGUGUGAAGUCUUGUGGUGUUCGUAACGCAUUUACACUGCGAAGCGCUCUGACCUUAGACCAAGCAAUUAAUCACCAAUAUAAAAAAAAUAUAUAGGUAAUAAAAUAGAAGGGUGUGGAUAUUCUUUGGGACCUUGGCUUUAGUUGGACUUGAGUGACGGGGUGUUAGUUUUAAACUUUUACGAUUCUUGAUGGGGAUUCUGUGGGAGUAGUAGUUUUGUCUUGUCUCAAUAAAAGAGCAUGCUUGCACACACUGGCACUCCACACUUGUAAAUAGAAGAGUAAUUGACUUGGUAGCGAGAGAGAUGAAACUCGAGAACAUUAGCACAAUCUGAGGUAUUAUGAUUGGCAAGGCAAUUACUUCAUAGUUCACUCAUUCAUCACGUAGUUGCAUUCAUGCAUUGCAUUGUAUUAUUGUAUAGUGUCGUUGACGCUUGAGGACAAGCAUCAGUUUAAGUUUGGGGGUGUGAUAAGUGGUAUUUAUACACACUUAUAGGCCUUCAUUUCCACUUAAAUUGGUUGGUUGUACUUAAGUGUUUAGUGUCUUUUGAUGUGUUUUUAUUGUUUUUCUGUGCAGGUCACGAGUUGAGGUGAUGAAGUGAUUUUCUAUCAUUUUAGGUUGUUUUUGGUGCAUUAUUUGCAAGAAUAGAGAAUUGUGGAUUCCUCACGACUUGGGAUUUUGUGGGUACAUCUUCUACAAACCCUCACGAGAACACACUCGUCCACUAGAGCUAUCUAGGGGUUUAAAGGGCUUGUUGCAUAUGCUAAAUGCAACCGUGAUCACCUACGGAAGUGGUACUAGAAGCGAGGAAGGACACGCACACGAGAACGAGCAAAAAACGAAGAAACAGGGCUGCCAUCACAGACAGUAGCGCGCCCGCGCUACUAACUGCUGUGACUAGCGCGCCUGCGCUAGUUUAGCGCGGCCGCGCCCAGCAGAAGUGUUCCGGGCCGAUUUUUACAGCUAUUUUGAUGGAUUUUCGCAGCGGUCGAGGCCCGUUUGACUUGGUCAAUGUAUUUUAAUUUCUCGUGUGUAAAACCCUAGUCUCAUAGAAGUAGUUGGUAGUAGAGAACAAUAUCAUAGUUUUCAGAUUAUUCAUUCAAGCACAUUAUCGGUUUUGUAUUGGAUCGUUCUUCGCGAGGAAGUGACAGUUUCGAGCGAGAUCGUGAACAUCAAAUCUGUAACGUGUGAUCCUUAUUAUUAUUAAUUCAAGCAUUUUUAUUCCAUUCAA